AUGAUAAAAACGGAAAACGCUAACAAUUAGCUGUAUUUUGAAAAAUGAACAAGACCUCUCAUUCAUUACAUAAACUGUACUCUCGUCCGCCAUGUUGAAAGUUUAGGACUCUUUCCAUCAACUCGAGUCGACUUCCCUCGGGCGUUCAUGUUCUCCGAGUCCACUGAAGGGCACACAUUUUGAAUCACUAAUCUGUGUUAUACCCUUCUUUCUGAAUGGUUUAAGCGAACAGUUUGAGAUAAUGUCAUCCAGCGCUUGUUUCUGGUAUUUUGCUUAUGGCAGUAAUUUACUGAAAGAGAGACUGCAACUGAAAAACCCAUCAGCGGUGUUUCACUGUAUCGGCACAAUACAGGACUACCGGCUGAAUUUUGGUCUUUGGGGAGACUGCACUGACUGCGGUUGGCAUGGUGGAGUGGCCACGAUACAAGAGAGUGAUGGAGAGGAGGUGUGGGGGGUCGUGUGGAGGAUAGACAAUGCACACCUGAACAGUUUAGACAGACAAGAACAGGUACAUGAAGGUGUCUACAGUCCGAUAGAGGUAAGAGUGGACACAGAGGAAGGGUCACUUCUUUGCCGGACGUAUAAGAUGAACAAUUUCAGACCUUGUAUACCUUCACCACAGUAUAAACAGGUUGUAUGUUUAGGGGCACAACAGAACGGAUUACCUCAAAACUACAUACAAAAGCUUCAGACACUGGAAACAAACAAAUACACCGGCACUUCCAUAUUGGAUCAGAUUACUGACAUCAAGAAGUGACCUGCAGGAAACACCAGUUUGUUGACUUUUAUCAAGAAACGGCACUUGAUAUGUAAAUUAUAAUUUUUUUUUUUUUUUUUUUUUUUGGAUCAGCACAUUUUAUGAUGAACAUUUUAAAUUUUAGAAGUCAUUUGUAAAAAUGUUUGUGCACCAACCCCUUCUCAAAAUAGCAUUCUGAGAUUAUAUUCUUCUCAUCACAGUUGUACAGAGCGGUUAUCUGAGUUACCAUAGACUUUGUCAGUUUGAACCAGUCUGGCCAUUCUCUGUUGACCUCUCUCAUCAACAAGGCAUUUCAGUCCACAGAACUGCUGCUCACUGGAUGUUUUGGCACCAUUCUGAGUUAAUUCUAGAGAAUGUUGUGUGUGAAAAUCCCAGGAGAUCAGCAGUUACAGAAAUACUCAAACCAGCCCGUCUGGCACCAACAAUACAAAACAGUAAAAUACGGGAUCGUCCCGUAUUUAAAGAUAUAAUGAUGUUUGUAUAUGGGACGCAAUUUGUCCCCAAUUUAACAUUGAUUUGCAUAUGGUGGGUAAGGGACUGUCGGAAAAGUGCACAAAAAGUUUUUUCUGUAUACAUUUUCAAUAAGAUCAAACAAUGUAUGAACACAAUCAUAAAGACAAGUACAGGUUAAGGAAAAAAAUAAACAAAUAAAAUAAAUAGAAAUGAUAAAAAAAUCUAUAAAAAUAUGUAUAAACCAUCCAAAAUGUAUACAUAAAUAAGAUAAAGACAAAUAAUCGAAAAUAUUUAAAUAAAUAUAUUUUUUAACAUAUAAAUUAUGUAUUUUUUUUUUUUUUUAAGUCAAGGGUCAGGAAAGUUCUCAUUUUAGAAUAUAAGACAGGAUAUACAAAUACACACAACCACUCAUUACAGCUCAUGCAACCCAAAACACCCCAAUAUCGUGGAGGCAAAUUUUCACUGAAAAGCUGUUCUCCGUGAAUUUAUCUAAUAACACUUAAGUUACUUUUUUAAAUAAGCAACCUCUGUGCGACAUCUUUUGUGCCAGAUGUAAAAUGGUAACAGGCAAAACUCAGACAAUAUUCUUACUUUCACUUUCGUUCUCGCUGCACAAAAAUAGGGUUAUCUAUCCUGAUUGGAGGGGAAAUUCCGAGAGGAUUUAGUUGCCGGAAAUAUGGAGUUACAAAUGCGCCACAAUUCUGCACACGCAAAAUUGCAUUUUGAGCGCACAAAUUUGUUUCUGCACAUGCAAGAUGAUAUUUUGAACAUACAACAUUUUUUCUGCAUGCGCAAAAUGAUAUUUUGAGCACACAAUUUUUUUAUGCAUGUGCAAAAUUAUAUUUUGAGCGCACAAAAAAAAUGUCUGCAUGCACAAGAUGAUACUCUCUUGAUACUCUAUCCCAGAGCUGCUGACAAAUACAAAAGUGUUUCAUUUUCAUAACUUGAUUAUAUACUCCACCAUACUGUCAAACAUACAGUCAAAACAUCAAACAGAUUGGAAAGUUCUCAAGUAGAAUAAAAGUAUUGUUUUACUCACAUAGCUACUUGUAACCUAUAGCGUAGAUUUGACACAGAAGUCUUGUGUUGAUGUUGAUUUGCAUGCUUUUUAUUACUAAUAAUGAGUCUGUACAUACUGUAUUGCUGUUCUCAUUGUUGUAUUUCUACCCAUUCAAGAGCUAGAAGAAUGACAAUUCUGUAGUGAAUACUGAUAUAUAUAUAUAUAUAUAUAGCAGCCACUGUACAUCCAGAAUAUGGGUCUU